AUGGUCCAAGUUGUCCUCCCGGCACUAAUCCCAGACAUCCCCAAGGUCUACGAUGUCUACUUUAACGCUUUCCAAAACGACCAAAUGGGCAAGAUCAUGCUCGAGAUUCUCUUUCCAGGAGUGAUCGACGACGACUUCAAGAAGGCACACGCUGCCGGAACACUGGCUUACUGGCACACCAGCGCAUCCCAGUACACUUUCAAAUGCGUCGAUACGAGCACCGGGGACAUCAUUGGCAUGGCUCUCGGUGAUGUUUACCUGACAGAGCGGAGCGAGGAGGAACGAAGGAACCAGGGGGUACCCUGGCUCCUCGGGGAACAGCGAGAAAGGGCAGAAAAGAUUUUAAAUCCUCUCUGGGAGGUGAGAGAAAGACUGUUUGGCGGCAGGCGCUAUAUCUAUUGCCACGUUAUUGGCAUUGAUCCGAGGCAUCAAGGGCGCAAGGCUGGAGCGUUGCUCGUGCAAUGGGGCAUGGACCUGGGCGAGCGAGCAGGGCUACCGGUUUACUUUGAGUCGUCUCCUUCGACGGUUGGGCUGUAUAAGAAACUGGGAUUUGAGCUGCUCGACGAAAAGAUUGUACACAAAGCUGAAGUAUUGGGCACGGAGAAUGAUAUCGAAGUUCCUCUGAUGAUCAGAAUGCCAUCUAUUGCCGGUGGGAUGAGCUUUACAGAGUGGAAGUCCAAGGGUUAUCCCGAGUUUGGGAGUUCGGAUAUUGCACCCAAACUGGUGUAG